AUGCUGCCUCCAAUGUUCUGGAAUGAUUUGAGAGAGGUCUUGUUGAUAAAGUUACAACAACAACAACAAGAGCAACAACAAAUGACAACAAUAGGAUUGUCAUAUAAUGUUUGGAUGAACAUGUUUCCAAUGCCCUCUUCACUACCUUUUACAGAUUUGACCAUAACAUUCAGUUAUGAUCGUCGUUCAAACAUCAAUAGACAUAGUUUGCCUGAAACGUUAACGUCAUUAACAAUUGAAGGUUAUUUCGAUGGUACAUUGGAGGAGGGUACACUGCCCGAUGGUCUAAGACACCUAUCAAUCAAAACAUCUGAUUGGAACAAUCCAAUCACACAUGGGAUACUACCAUCCAAACUGGAGACACUACAACUAGGUCGUAGCUACGAUCAUCCACUCAAUGAUCUAGAGUGCAGUAACAGUGUCACACGUGUAUCACUUGGAGAAUCAUUCAACAAGAUCAUUCCAUUUGAAUCAUCACUUGAAUACCUGUCUUUAGAUGCACCUAGCCCACUCUUUAACAUUGACCAGCCAUACUCUAUGUUAAAGUCUUUGAUACUCACUGCCGUCUAUACCAAAGUGCUUUGUCGGAUCAAAUCCAAGACAUUCCCAUCACUCACGCAACUUCAUGUACACUCAUUCUUGGACGACUAUAGGAUUGACCACCUACCACAAGGAACAUUGCCCAUCUCGCUCGAAGAUCUAAUGAUAGUGAUCAACAGACCAUUCGUCUUGCCCAUUGGUCUGAAGAAGUUGCAUCUAACACUCAGGCCAGAUAUGCAUAAUAAUGGAUGCCUAAGACUUCCAAACUCCAUCACAUCACUGUCGAUCGAAGGGUCAUUCGCCAUGAACUUCCUACGCAGUGUAGUACCACUCCCAGCAUCAUUGACUCAUCUGUCAUAUCUCGAGUCUGUUGUUAUAGACUACAUGAUAUUGCCACCUACAAUCAGAUCCCUGACAAUUAGAGGACAGGCACUGAACCCAAUGCCACCACCAAUGUCAAUCGUGUACUUGGAGAUAGUAAUACCAAACAAGAGUUACAAGAUGUACCGAUUGACGUUUGAUCAAUUCAUUGUUCGUAUAACUGGUGAUCUUAAACAAUGUGGAUUCACGACCUACAAUUCGAUCCUCUCACGGAUCGAUAGAUACCUAGGCAAUCGUAUUCAACAAAACGAUCCAAUAGAAGAAAAUCCACCACGAUCAUCAUCAAGGAAGAAAUGUAUCAUUUCCUAA